AUGACCAUGGCAGGAAACCCCUGGGGCUGGUUCCUGGGGCACCUCCUCUUCAGUGCCACAGGAUCCCUCGCCUGGGGUGGCGGCAGCCACAUCAUAAACGGCGAGGACUGCCACCCGCACUCGCAGCCUUGGCAGGCGGCACUGUUGUUGGAAAAGGAAUUUUUCUGCGGGGGCGUCCUGGUGCCUCCUCAAUUGCUGUCAGCCGCGCACUGUUUCCAGAAUUCCUGUACCAUCGGGCUGGGCCUGCACAGUCUCGAGGACGACCAAGAGCCAGGCGGUCGGAUGAUGGCGGCUCACCUCUCCAUCCAGCACCCCGAGUACAACAGACCAUCUCUUGCCAACGACCUCAUGCUCAUCAAGUUGGAAGAACUGGUGCCCCAGUCUGACACCAAGCACGUCAGCGUCGCCUCACAGUGCCCGACCGCUGGGGAUUCUUGCCUCGUUUCCGGCUGGGGUCGGCUAGCCAAUGGCCGACUGCCCAAAGUGCUCCAGUGCGUGAAUAUCUCAGUGGUGUCGGAGGAGAUCUGCAGUGAACUCUACGCCCCCGUGUACCACCCCAGCAUGUUCUGCGCUGGCGGAGCCCAGGACCAAAAGGACUCCUGCCAUGGUGACUCUGGGGGCCCCCUCUGCAACAGGUCCCUGCAGGGCCUUGUGUCCUUUGGACAAUCCCCGUGUGACCAGCCCAACGUGCCAAGCGUCUACACCAACCUCUGCAAGUUCACAGACUGGAUACAGAAAACCAUCCAGGCCAGUUAACUCCAGGAACUGGGACCCAUGAAACUGAACCCCCAAAUAUAAGCUGCUGAAGGAAUUCAGGAAUCUGGGUUCCCAGUGCCUUCCUCCUUCAGACCCAGGAGUCUAGACCCCCUCCCCCAUCCCCAGUAGUCCAGUUCUGCUAAGAAUAUCUUCCUGUACACAGUGCCCCCUAGUGGCACAGUGUUAACCCCGCCUUACCAUUAGUAGAGAAAGUUGGUUUUUCACCGUCAUUUGUCCCUUCCUCUAAGCCCAGAAAUAAAGUCUAAGAGAAGCACGGGCUCGGCUCAGACUCUCCUCUUCACUUCCCCUCCCAUCCAAGGGAUUCCAGCAAAUAGCUUUCCC